AUGACUUUCUACGUCCAAACGUGGGACGAGUACUACACCCAAGUCCUGACCCUGGGUAUCAUCUCGGGUCCCGUCGAAGGUGUUUUGACCUUGUGCAUUGUCUUCGGAUUCACGGCCUAUAUGGGCGGCGGUAGCUUCUGGCACCGCCCCAUGCUCGAGACCGUGGGUAUCCCGAAGUUGAAUUUCAUCCCGCAGCAGGUCUACGAUAUGCCCUUUACGCAGUGGUACCUGGUCUACGGCGCCUUUGUUCUCUUCUUCGCCACUGGCUCAAGUAUUGUGCACGUCAUGAAGGUGCGCAAGGAACGCGGUCAAGACCCCUUCCGGCCGCUCCUUGGCCUCCUGCCUCUGGUUGCGAUGUGGACUCUUGUUCCGGCCUACCUGUACCUCCAGCCCUACAUUUUGGAGAACUACGCCAUCCCGGUGAUUCUGUUCGUCGGUCUGACCAAUGCGUACGCCGUCGGAAGAAUGAUCUGCGCACACCUGGUCAAGGCUAGCUUCCCCUAUUUCAACAUGCUCCUUUGCCCGCUCGCGUUGGGUGUGUUGGAUAGCGCCGGACCGGUCUUUGGACUCUGGCCUAGCAUCCUGGGCGACGGAUCCGGCCAAGUUGCUUUCAUUUUCGUAUGCCUUGGACUGUCGGUUGGUAUCUAUGGCAGCUUUAUCCAUGACAUCAUCACGACGAUAUGUGAUUAUAUUGAUAUCUGGUGUCUCAGCAUCAAGCACCCCUACGUUGAAGAGGCGCAAAUUGCCAACGGUGAUGCGUCUAAGAAAUCCCAGUGA